AGGACUCGUCACGUGAAGGCGGUGUUAUGCGUAGCAGCUUUGCGCAGUCGCACAACAACUGCCCCUGAUCAGCUGACUAUGAGAUGCUGUGUUGAAGCACCUUUGAGUCGAAAAGCUGUUAUUAUCUGCUCUAUGUAUGGGAAGCUGCGACUGUUUAACUGAGUUUCACCGUGUGGACCAAAUACUGAAGCCAUUAAACACGCCGUAACUUCCCUGCAUCAAAGGCAAAGUCGACAAACCUCUUACCAGCAGCCAUGACAGAAUUCUGGUUGAUUUCUGCUCCGGGGGAGAAGACGUGCCAGCAGACCUGGGACAAGCUGAUGGUGGCCACCACGCGCACCAACAACCUGUCGGAAAACAACAAGUUCAACAUCCCUGAUCUCAAGGUUGGAACACUAGAUGUCUUAGUGGGUCUGUCAGAUGAACUGGCUAAACUUGACACUUUUGUGGAAAGUGUGGUGAAGAAGGUUGCUCAGUAUAUGGCAGAUGUCCUGGAGGACAGCCGAGACAAAGUGCAGGAGAACCUACUCGCUAAUGGAGUUGACCUGGUCACCUAUAUUACCAGAUUCCAGUGGGACAUGGCAAAGUAUCCAAUCAAACAGUCGCUGAAAAAUAUCUCUGAGAUCAUCUCCAAGCAAGCAGCUCAGAUAGACAAUGACCUGAAGGCCAGAGCUUCAGCCUACAACAACCUAAAGGGAAACCUGCAAAACCUGGAGAGGAAGAAUGCGGGGAGCUUGUUGACCAGGAGUUUGGCUGACAUAGUGAAGAAAGAAGACUUUGUACUGGACUCUGAGUACCUGAUUACCAUGCUGGUGGUUGUCCCAAAGACAAGCUAUGUGGACUGGCAGAAGGAGUAUGAAACCCUUGCAGAAAUGGUUGUGCCACGCUCCACAAAACUGCUGUUUGAAGACCACGACAGUGGCCUGUUCAGUGUCACUCUCUUCAGAAAGGCUAUAGAUGACUUCAAGCACAAGGCCAGGGAAAACAAGUUUACAGUGCGUGAUUUUCAGUACAAUGAAGAGGAGAUGAAGGCAGACAAAGAAGAGAUGACACGUUUGUCCACUGACAAGAAGAAACAGUUUGGGCCUCUGGUACGAUGGCUGAAAGUAAAUUUCAGCGAGGCCUUCAUCGCUUGGAUUCACAUAAAAGCCCUGCGCGUGUUUGUCGAGUCAGUAUUGAGAUAUGGGUUGCCGGUGAACUUCCAGGCCAUGCUGCUCCAGCCCAACAAGAAGAACAUGAAGAAGCUGAGAGAGGUGCUCUCUGAACUGUACAAACACCUGGACAGCAGUGCUGCGAUCAUCGAUGCCGCUAUGGACAUCCCAGGGCUGAACUUGAGCCAGCAGGAGUACUACCCCUAUGUUUAUUACAAGAUCGACUGUAACCUGCUGGACUUCAAAGUCUAGAUACAUUGCCGCCAUCAUCUUCUGCCUCCCUGUGCAGUUGUAUUCUGAUGUGACUUGUUCACACCUCCAAGCUUUGAGUUAUUUCCACCCUGUUUUUCCUGUGUGUGUGUCUGUGUGUGUGUGGGUUUUUUGUUUUUGUUUUUUAAUAACAUUUAUUUCCUCCCAUCCCCUUUCCCUCUCUCAUGCUCAUGGUACAUUCCUUGGUCCAUAUUAAAUAUGCUGUUGAACUUCUGUUCUAAAUAUAUUGGUUGAAAGAUGGCCCAUCUUCUUUGUUAUUUAUCACUUUCUCUUUGUACCAUGCUGUAAAAGUGAAUAGCUCCCUAGUGUGCACCCAUCAAAAUGCUUGACAUUCCCCAUCAAACCACCUAUAAAAUGUUCCAUUUUUAUUGUUUAUUUUUUCUUGCUGCCCUACUUUAUUCAAAGCAACAACAAUAGUACACGUGUGGGGGAAAUGUGAAAAAAAUAAAUGUACGUUAAAUAUAGUAUUUAUUUAAAGCCUCUAAAUCAGUGAAUAUGUUAUUGUUAUUGUGUUCAGUUUUUGAAAGUGAUGUGUUUUUAGCUCCCUGUAAGGAAUGUCUGUUUACAAAUGGACCGUCAUUUCGCCCCACUAAAGCUGUAAUACUGAGACAAAUCAUUUUACAGUAUAAAGAAUCAACAUGUUUGCUGAUUGUA